AUGCGCUUGAAUUUCAGGGCGACACCAUCACAGGCGAUUAACCCAUCCACACCUGUUGUCGUCACAUGGCCGCUGGUGUUUCGUUUUAUCAAAGGAGCCAUUCAUGGCCAGAUUCUCGUCCCGGUCUCUCUCCAUGCGCUUUUUACUGCUUUUGUUGUCUACCUUGAUAUCUUCGUUUUUGAUACCGUCGGGCUUCCAACAAGUAUUAUCCCAUCGCUCUCCAUCGUGGUCGGUUUGAUGCUCGUGUUUCGGAAUCAAACCUCCUACAACAGGUUCUGGGAUGGCCGUAACGCUAUGAGCACAAUGAACACAUGCCUCCGCAAUUUGACGCGGACCAUCGUCACCAACAGUUACAACUCGACUCGCGGUCCGCCUAAUCUCCUCGAGCGCGAAGACAUUGAGCGUACUCUGCGCAUUUUGAUCGCAAUUCCCUUUGCGGUGAAGAACCAUGUGCGGGCCGAGUGGGGGGCAGCCUGGGCCACUGAUACCACUCAUGGUGUCACUGUGGAUGAGCGUGGCAGCGCAGCUUACAAUCCCGACUACGCUGGAUUGCUUCCCACCGGACUCGAAGGACAUGAGCACGAAGGCCUGGGGCUCCCGUACCAACUGACUUUCUUUGUCGAUGGGUUCAUCAAGCGCGGUGAGGACCGUGGCUGGUUCAGUGCCCCCGGUGCGAGUCAGAUGCAAGCUCAGCUCAAUGGAUUUCUGGAUGCCUAUGGAAAGAUGGAAACCAUUAAAUUAACCCCGAUGCCCGUGGCUCACCUCAUUCACCAAAAGCAAGUGCUCGCUCUGUUUGGAUGCGUCUUACCUUUUGCAAUGGUUGACGAGAUGGGCUGGUGGACCGUUCCGAUAGUUUGCCUGGUGAUCUUCACCUUGUACGGAAUCGAAGGGAUUGGGUCCCAGUUGGAAGAUCCUUUCGGCUACGACAGAAACGACAUCAAAAUGGAUGCACUUGUAGGGGAUACAAAGAUUGAGCUUGAUGUUGUUCUCGCGGAAUGGCGCGCUUACUCAAAGGCCAUGGAAAGUUCUUGGCGUGGAGUCGACGUCAACGGCCAUGGCGAGCGAUGCAUGGAUGCUGGAUCGAAGGCUGCUACAAGUACGGCCCAGGUCACCCGCGAGAAGUACAAUCCGCCUGACCUGUUCUUGAAGCGGAGGCCACUGGUGACUGGUGGACCUGGGCAAUGA